AUGUGGAAGUCUAUGGUUUCUUCGAUAUCAUCCUUCAAUCUCGUUCGUUUUGCUUCAACUGCAGCGGAACAAGGUCCGCGUAUGAAAACCUUUUCCAUUUACAGAUGGAACCCAGAUAUUCCUGGUAUGAAACCCACUAUGCAAAGUUAUCAAGUCGAUCUUAACGAUUGUGGACCAAUGGUUUUGGAUGCUUUAAUUAAGAUAAAGAAUGAACAAGAUUCUACUCUAACAUUUCGACGUUCUUGCCGUGAGGGGAUAUGUGGUUCGUGUGCAAUGAAUAUAGGGGGUCGUAAUCAUCUUGCAUGUAUAUGGGAAAUAGAUCAAGAUAUUCAGAAACCAACUAAAAUUUAUCCGUUACCUCAUAUGUAUGUAAUUAAGGAUCUAAUUCCAGAUAUGAACAAUUUCUACGCACAGUACCGUUUUAUUGAACCUUAUUUAAAGAAAAAAAAUGUGACUGAAGAAGAUAUCGGAAAGCAAACCUAUUAUCAGUCAGUAGAAGACAGAGCAAAGCUAGACGGGCUUUAUGAAUGUAUUCUGUGUGCUUGUUGUUCCACUUCAUGUCCAUCUUACUGGUGGAAUGGUGAUAAAUAUUUAGGUCCCGCUGUUCUUCUUCAAGCUUACAGAUGGUUAGCUGAUUCACGUGAUGAUUACACCUAUGAACGUUUGGCUGAAUUCCAAAACAAGUGGUCAGUUUAUCGAUGCCACACUAUUAUGAAUUGUACAGAAACUUGUCCAAAAGGAUUGAAUCCUGGUUUGGCUAUUGCAGAGAUUAAGAAAAUGCUGAUCUAUUUCAAUCAAUAUAAAGACAAGAAACCGGAUACAAGGACUGCAUAA